AUGGAUAUUUCCAAGGAAAGUGCACAGAAUAUUGAAAAUGUGUCUCCUGAGGAGAGGGACAUGCCCACCAAGAGCACGGGGCCCAUCAUGCGAUCGCGCGAAGAUGACCUUGGCGUCUGGCAGUGUGUGCGACGAUUUAGAACAGUGUCGCUGAUUGCCAUGACUGCGGCGUUCGGCGCAUCACUGGACGGUUACCAAAUCAACCUCAAUGGUGGUAUUGUCUCCAAUAAAGGAUUUAUUCGACAGAUGGCUUCCCCCGGCACAUCUAUCAUCGGGGGCAAAUACAUCUCCGCAUGGGGAGGUAUUCAAUCUGCUGGUCAAACUCUCGGUCAAAUUCUCCUCCAAUAUGCUACGGAAAGAUUCGGACGGAAAAUCGCAUUCUACAUAAUCUGGCUUGACCUUGUUAUCAGCAUAUUCAUUGAAUCAUUUGCGACAAGAUGGGAGCAUUGGCUGGCAGCAAAGCUCUUCUCUGGAAUGGGUGUUGGUAUGCUUCAAUCCACCAUGCCUCUCUAUUUGUCCGAGAUCGCCCCGACUCAGCUGCGAGGUUUCUACAUCAACGCGUACAGUUUUUGGUUUGUGGUUGGCCAGAUUUUCGCCUCGGUAGCACUCCGAGAGCUCAGCGUAAGGGCCCCAUAUGACUUCCGGGUCCCUAUCUAUACACAGUGGGCUAUGGUAGGUCUUAUUGCCAUAAUAUUCACCUUCAUUCCAGAAUCACCUUGGUGGCUCGUGAGCAAAGGCAAGAUCGACAAAGCAGUCAAAACUCUGAAUAGGUGUAACGGCAAUGUUGAAGGAUAUAGUGUCGAUGAGCAAAUAGAAGUCAUGAUCGCCACCAUUGCAGAGGAGCGUGCCAUUGCAGAGCGCAAUUCUGAAGAGGGGACAUGGGCUGUCUUCCAGGGCCGCAAUCGUCUUCGUUUCUUCAUUGCCGCUUGGCCCAAGAUUACCCAGCAAUUUGUAGGUUUGUCCGUUUUCAACACCUACGCUACCUAUUUCUUCCAAUACGCUGGCAACAAAGACCCAUUCAUGGUCACGGUCAUUUUAUCUUGUGUUCAGUUGCUAUCCAUGAUAGUGACUGCAGUGACAACCGACAAAGUUGGCCGUCGCCCUUUGACAGUCUACCCAUAUGCAGUUACAUCGGUGUCGGUUUUGUGUCUUGGAAUUAUCGGUUGCUUCGACUAUACCAAACCAUCAACUAGCUCACUUCUGAUCUUCUUCGCUUGUCUGGCGACCUGGUCCACCACUGGUGCAUCAGCCAUAGGCUACGCCUACGCUGCUGAAGUUCCGCAGCAACGCCUGCGUGCAAAGACCGCCGGCUGGGCGCUUGCAUCGUCGAACAUGGUCGCUAUCAUGUUCAGUUUCUGCACGCCUCUGAUGAUUAACAAUGCACCCGUGUCCCACUGGGGUGUCAAAACUGGUUUCUUCUUCGCGGGAACUGGCACUCUUGCAGUAAUUGUUGCGUGGUUCAUUCUUCCCGAAGUGACACGCCGAACACCGGCUGAGAUAGAUGAGAUGUUCGAGAAAAAGAUAAAUCUUCGCAAAUUCAAGGGCUAUGUCACUGACGUGCAGAUGCGAUCUAAUAUGCAACGCGAGAACCAUGAGAUGAUUGCUACCGCUUGA